GGUGCCCUCCUCACGGACUUCUACCAGUUCACCAUGGCCUACGCGCUGUGGCGGGCCGGCAGGGCCUGCGCCAGGGCCUGCUUCGAGGCCUCGUUCCGCCGCGCGCCCUUCGGGGGCGGGGGUGCCCUCAGCGCGGGGCUCGCCGACUGCGUGGCCUUCGUCCAGGGCUUCCGCAUCGACGCCGAGGACAUCGACUUCCUGCGCGCUCACCUCCCCGAUUACGUAUCCGACGAGUUCUACGCGUUCCUGUCCGGGCUGGACGCGUCCGAUGUGGUUCUGCACGCCCUGCAAGAAGGGACCGUCGCCUUUCCGCAGGUUCCCCUGCUGCGCGUGGACGGCCCCCUGUGUUUGCUGCAACUCCUGGAGACUCCGCUGCUCAACUUCAUCAACUACGCCAGCCUGGUGGCCACGAACGCGGCACGCUUCCGCCUGGCCGCCGGCAGCCGCGUGGAGCUCAUGGAGCUGGGCCUCAGGAGGGCCCAGGGCCCGAAUGGGGCCCUCUCUGCCUCGCGCUACGCCUACCUGGGAGGGUUCGACGCGACGAGCAACGUCCUGGCGGCCCAGGUCCACGGCGUGCCGCUCGCGGGGACGCAGGCUCACUCCUACAUCACGGCCUUCAGCGGCCUCCACGACCUCACCACCCGGGAGCUGGCUGUGCCGGACGGGGGGCCGACGGUGGACCUGGUGGCGCUGUCCCUGGAGUGGCGUCCGCGCGUCUGCUCGUUGCUGGGCCGCGCCGAGCGCGACGCCCGCGACGGGGAGCUCGCCGCGUUCGUCUCGUACGCCCAGGCCUUCCCGCGCAGGCUGCUGCUGCUGGUCGACACCUACAGCGUGCACGGCAGCGGCACGGUGAACUUCUGCGCCGUGGCGCUGGCGCUGGCGACGCUGGGGCUGCGGGCCGUGGGCGUGAGGCUCGACAGCGGGGACCUCGCGCGACAAUCGCUGGAGGUGCGGGCGGCCUUCCGCUGCUGCGCCCAGAGCUUUGAGCUGCCGUGGUUCUCGGAGUUGAAGAUCGUCGCGAGCAACGACGUCAACGAAGAGAAGAUCCUCGCCUACAACAAGCAGGGCCACGCCAUCGACUGCUUCGGCGUGGGCACCGCACUGGUGACCUGUGAGAGGCAGCCGUCCCUCGGGUGCAUUUACAAGCUGGUGGAGCUGGACGGGGUGCCGCGGUGCAAACUGACUGAGGAUGAGGAGAAGACGACGCUGCCGGGACGCAAGGCUCCGUACCGGCUGUACGGGGACGACGGCCGUGCGGUGCUGGACGUGCUGCUGGGGGUGGAGGAGCUGGCGCCCCGCGCGGGGCAGCUGCUGCCCUGCCGCCUCCUGAGACCGCUCGGGGAGCAGUCGCUGGUGCGGCCGUCGCGCGUCGCCCCGCUGCACACGACGUUCUGGGACCGGGGCCGGGUUUGCUCUCCGUUACUUCCACUGAAGGAGCUCAGGGCGAUGUCCGCGGCCUCGUUGGGGGAGCUGGGAGCUGAGCACAAGGACCUGGAGGCCCCGACGCCGUACCCGGUGGCCGUGAGCGAGAAGAUCUGGGCCUUGCUGGAGGAGAUGAGAAGGACGUAAAUCCGUAGCGUGAUGGCCGACGUCAUCGUCGUCGUCAGCCAUGAUCAAUCCACUGCUGGAAUGGGUGGUUUGCGAGCGGGCCGACACCCCUCUCGCUCCAUCUCUUCCCGCGGCAGGGAUUGGCAAAACUGCGGCUCCGGAUCCACGCGCGCGGGCGUGUGUGUGUGUGUGUCCGUACGCUGUUGAACUUCUUUCGCACCGCACGUAGCCAGCCUCGCUAAUCGAAGGUGCGGCUCUCUUAAGGUCGCUGCAGUGGCCAGGA